CUUUCGCUUGUGCGGUGGUCGACCCAUCCACCGCCAUCCACCGAUGAUGAAGUCGAGGUUGAUGGCCUCGUGACUCUAAAGGAAUUGACGACGAUGACCCAAGUGCUCCAUUGGAUCGUCGCACUUCUACUCUUGGCGUUCGGGGCCACGUUUCCAGUCCACUUGCAAGGCUGCGGCAGCCGCCAAUACAGAUCCAAACGCGAUGUCUGCUGCAAGCUCUGUCCUGCAGGCAGGUUCCUGGAAGAAGAAUGCAACUCGCAAGGAAGCGCGUCCGUCUGCGAUGCUUGUUCUGGCGGUUUCUACAUGGCGAUCGAGAACUACUCCAAAGAAUGCUUCAAAUGCAAGCCGUGCGAAUUAGACGAGGUGGAAGAAAGUCCGUGCAGCGCAUCCUCGGACAGGGUCUGCAGGUGUAUGGCGGGAUUCUACAAACGGGAGGGUGAACACUUUUGCAGGCCGCAGGCCCCCACCGCGACCGCAGAUUCCCAAGCAUCUGAUGGACCCACCCUUCCGAUUGCCAUUGGCUGUGCUGUUGUCGGGUGUCUUUUAGUCGCAGCAGUGGCUUGUUAUGUCCUGAUAAGGAAAUUCCGGCGACGCGCCAAUCCGGAGAAUUACGGUAUUCCGAUGGAGGUAACGUCAAAUAUAUCCAAGAGCAGUCGAGACAACAUUGUCAACAACCAAGCACAGCUCGAGCCGCUUAUUCACACUUCCGUUUGCUCUAAUGGGACCGUCUUGGUACAACCAACUGACUAUUCAAGAUAUAAUAAACCCGUCACGGAGGAAGACCUCGUGGAAAUCCACAAGGCUCGAGCAAACAGCUCGGCGGUGGCCUUCGUGAAUGUGAUGAGGAACGCCGGUCUUUCGGAAAUAAACAUUGAAAGGAUCCAGCACGACCACAAAAACAACGUGGAGGAGCAAAACCACAAGAUGUUGUCUGAGUGGUUGCAGGUGAUGGGUAGGAACGCCACAUUUGCUGCCCUUCUAAAGGCUAUGGAUGAGUGCCGAUUCCACAAGCUGAGCGAGGACUGCCAGGACAAGUUUGACGAAAUAAUUAAACGGAAAGGUCUUCAAAAAUCCGACAAAAAUUAUGAUGACAAAGAUGGUCAAACGGGUGAGGUGUAUUGCACAGAAUAAACUAAACAAGAGAAAACACAAA